AUGUCGAGCUCUCAUGGUACCACCCGCCGUAAGUCUCUAUAUAACCCCACUAUAAUGCAAGAGGAUAACCAAAUGAUGUUACCUUUGCAUGCAGAUACAUCAUCGCGGUCGUACCACCUCUUAAAUACUCCGGGGUAUUCUGCAAAUGGGAAUGUGCCCAGAAGAACAAACUCUACGAACUCGGCGGAAAGGUCGGCAUCACUUUCGCAGAUUGAAAAGUCUUUCAAUAUGGAGGAAUCGCAAUCCGAAGCGCUCUUCAACCACUUGAAGCACUUCACAAUAGACAGCAGUCAUGAUCCAGUGGAUUCUCAAUAUUCUAAGUUGAAGUCAAAGUUUUGGUCUGAAAGUAGGAAAAGCAGUCAGGACUCACAUAUGUUGUCACUGUUGAGCUCACAAAGGAGGUCAAGCGUAUAUUCCACAGGAAAUCCUGAAAGUACCGCAAGCAGUAUAAUGUCUAUUGCUUCAACAGGUCCACUUGGUAAGAGGUCCAUACAUCGGAGGUCAAGAGAUUUUAUUUCACUUCCAAUUGCUAUGGGUCUGGAAGACGGUAAUUCAAAGACUAAGUCACAUGUCGAUGAAACCAGCGGUAGCACAAGAGUUAGAGCAGAAAACUUGUUGGCUUCACUUGAUGCAAUUUCUAAAGAUACCAAGGAGCAAAUACGUAGGAACUCAGCUGGAACAUUUAGCAGUUUGUUGGAUUUCGUUGAGAAAAAUGGAGUUGAGGCUAAGAGACAUGUGUUUGCGCAUUGCCCUGAGACAGGUGAUAUUGGGAAUCCAGUUAUAAAUCUGGAGACCGGGAUUUGGGAAAAAGAGAAGUAUGACAUACCAAAAGUGACCAGAGAAAGGUCUGGAACAACGUCUCCUGACAGUUUGAGUCCAAAUAAUACUGGUCCUGGUGAUUCAGCGAUUAAAACAAGAGAAUAA